AUGCGUUGGAUUGAAAGACGACGAAUUCUUCUUAUGGAAGAUGCUGAAGUUCAGCGAACAGAACUCGAGGUAUUGGAAUCAAUAUUCGGCGACCUGAUAACGUUUGAGAGCGAGAACAAAGUCCGCAUAGCAUUCGAUGGGGAUGUGCGGCUGCAUGUUAAGCUACCGGAAAGGUAUCCCUCAGAAGAGCCCGCUAUUUAUGAGUUAAGUGGUCCGUCUCUAUCAAGAAGCGAUAGAUUAGAAUUAGAAGAUUCACUAAAUGAAGCUUGGUUGGAAAAUCUUGGUUCACCAAUCAUUUACACAUGGGUAAUGGCAAUCAAAAACUUCCUUGAGGCGAAGGGCCAGAAAAACAGAGAGAUUGAAAGUCGAGACUUUGGUCCCACAGUGUCGGUCGAGCCAUCCUCUUGUCCACUGGAUCUAGUGCCAACUAUUUUUCACGGGGAGGUCUUAACAGAUCGCAAGAGCCACUUUCAAGCUCAUCUUGCAAGAGUUUUUAACAAGAACGAGGUCACGUUGGUUCUCAAUCGUCUCAUGGAGAACUCCAAGAUCAGUAGAGCAACACAUAACAUGUAUGCGUAUCGAAUAAAAGAAAUAAGAGAAGGACGUGAAAUACGAUUGCAUGACUGUUUCGAUGAUGGUGAGACUGGGGCCAGCUCAAAAAUGCUGGAUCUGUUGGAUAAGAUGAAUGCAGAUAACGUUCUCGUAGUCGUCUCCCGAUGGUAUGGAGGUAUACACCUCGGACCUGAUCGGUUUCGACAUAUCAACAACCUUACUCGUGAGAUAGUAUCCUCUCAUGGCCUUGAUUCACGGACGACAAACAAUGAAAGCUAG